UAAAUACAGGACACAUAGAGUUGAAUAAAAAGCAAACAGCUGGAAAUUUAAACACUCGACACACACACAGAGUUGGAGUGGUCGUUUGACUGUCAUUAGCCGAGUCCAGCAGCACCACGAGCACCAAUAACAACAACAAAAUCAAACACUCAACAACAACAACAACAACAACAACAAGAGAACAACAACUUUUUAUCAAGGCAACUGAACUAGACACUUGGAGCUGAAGGUGUUGACUCUUAUCUAUGGCAUGCAUCAGUCAGUCAGGAAAAUUAAUUAACAACAACAUUGACACUUGAAAAUUGGACGGAACACUGGCGGACGUGGGCGGUGCAGCUGAAGGCGGGCGGGCCACUCGUAAAGUCAACAAGCUGCUGAGGCGAGUCGAGUUUGCUCGUAACUUCCGGUAAUUUUGCGCCGUAAAAUGUUUGCCACCAAUAUCCGCUUGGCUGUCGUCAGCGUAAUGCCGCAGGCCAAAAGGCAUUGAGGCCACGUUUGCAUUCUCGCCGUGUCCUUUGGAGCGCCUAUUUCCGCUGCAUUUUGCAAUUUGCAAUUUGAAUUGCUACGUGAAAGGCACUUUUCUCCACGCCCAUAUGCGCUGGCUAAUUGCUAUGCAACAACAAGAACUGCAAGAAUUUAAGUAGAGCACAGUAAAAUCUAAAUAGCCAACAUGGAGGAGGAUGUUUAUGCCACCCUCAACUAUAGCGACAGCGAGGGUACAGCUGAGGAGGACGAGGAUGGCUGGAACAGCCUGGAGAUGAGCGUCGAACAGCUGCAGCAUUUGCUGCUCUGGCAGCUGCCCGAUCGGGCCAACUAUACGGACCAACAGGCACUGGCCAAUUGGAAUUUAAGCAAUGCAACCGCAAUGCCAACGCCAAGUCCCGCUCAGCCCGUGUUCGAUGCAAACAACUAUUGGGCCCUGCUCGCCUUGGUGUUGGUCUUUGGCACCGCGGCGGGCAAUAUCCUGGUCUGUUUGGCCAUCGCCUGGGAGCGUCGUCUGCAGAAUGUGACCAACUACUUUCUCAUGUCGCUGGCCAUCACGGAUCUAAUGGUUGCCGUUCUCGUCAUGCCACUGGGCAUCCUUACCCUGGUUAAAGGCCACUUUCCGCUCAGCUCGGAGCACUGCCUCACUUGGAUAGUUCUGGAUGUUUCUGUUCUGCACGGCCAGCAUUAUGCACUGGCACCAUAUCCGUGGAUCGCUAUCUGCGCUGCGCUAUCCGAUGCGCUUUGGCCCGAUCACGCCUCGGUGCUGGUGAAUGGCACCUGCCAGAUUCCAGAUCCGGUAUACAAGCUGGUCGGCUCCAUUGUCUGCUUUUACAUACCGCUGGGUGUGAUGCUGCUCACAUAUUGUCUGACUGUCCGCCUCUUGGCCAGGCAGCGUCAGAAUUUGGGCGGUGGCCAGCCGACGUCAGCGGCCACGCCCGGCUGGGCCAGCGGCUGGUUGGGCCAGGCCCCCCGCUUUGG